CGGCCACGCGUAUUUCGGAGACCGGCGGGACACAAUCGAUGUCUCGAAUCGAGGGCAGCAGCCGUGCGGCUCGUUUAGAGAAAGGAAAGUAAAACGUAGACGGGAGCUACACCUCCUCCGCCUCCUCCUUCUUCAUCACGUCCGCCGCUAACUCCUCGUGGUUCUUUCUCGCUCACCUGGUCGCGAAUACAUAACGUAAGAUAAAAUAACUUUCCUCCACCUCUCUCGUCUCCUCUCAAUUCUCCCUCCCUGGCUUCCUCUCCCUUCUCGUUUCCUUUCCACGAGUCAGCACGCGCUUUUAGGGAGCUUUCCACCACCAGGACGGUGUACACUCUGCGCUUUCAUAAAGAACUAUGCGGCAGGGAGGUAGGACACGAUCACGAGUAUCACAUUAAGGUAGUCGAUCAGUGUGAGUCGCUCUAAAAGCAACCACCGAGGACCAGGACCGGUGGUGGACCGACCGCUGCAAGCUGGAUUAGAUCCGGCAAGUAGAGAAGUGGCUGGUCCUUUCAUGAACGCGACUCGACGGACGGUCGAAGAAUAGGGCACGCGCGGUGGUGAUUAUAUUAGCGGUCUUUCGAACGCGUGCAAAGGCAUUUUAGCCAAACGGAAACACAAUCGCCGGCAUCAUUCUCCGCCUGCUCGUCGUUCGAUUUCCGUUCUCGAUCCUUGCGUGUUGCGUGUGUUGAAAAAAAGAGUGCACCGACGACCGUACUAAUUGAGAAUUACAACCCUCGACGACGGCAAUCUUGUCGUCGCUUCUCGAUCGCCGUGAAUCAUCAGCAACGUGGAGCGCGCGGUGAAAGAAUGCACAACGGAUUCGCGAUAACGCGGACGCGAUCCGCGAUAAUCGGAUUACUUCUGUUGUUGGUAACGGCGCACAGUAACGGGCUGCAGUAUCAACCUUUCGACUCUUAUGCAAACGGAGAGGAGUGCGCCUUGAUCCUGGAUAACCAUGGAAGAACCAGCGUUUACGACUACACCUAUAAUUUGCUACGCGGAUCGUUUCCGACCGCAGGAGCAACCCAAACCUGCAUCACGUACGACGCCGUAAAUCAUGCUUACGUCGAGGCGAGGAAGCGCAUCAACGUCGCGACACCAAAAUCGGGAAUGUGGCGACCGGAGGACCUGGCGACAGUCGGCGAGCUGCUUCUCGACAUUACUGCGAAUCUCGCGCACACGUACGGAUUGACCUACGAGGAGAUCCAGAGGAAUCUACCGUUAAUCGACACCUCGAAGACGCUAAUCCGCGAGGUCUGUCCCGCCUUUCUCAGCAACGUGGAAUGUAGACCGGGCAAGUACCGGCGGUACGAUGGCCUCUGCACGAAUUUGGAGAAUCCAACUUGGGGCGCUACCCUGUCGCCUUUUGCCAGAUUGAUAAGCCCUCAAUUCGCGGAUGGUUUGUCGACGCCAAGGAUAUCCAUAACAGGUCGUGAUCUACCGCCGUCCCGAGUCGUGUCACGCACCAUGCAUCCGGACGAAGGUUACCACGAUCACGCCGGCACGGUUAUGGUGAUCGCGUGGGGACAAUUCAUGGACCACGAUUACACUUUGACCGCCACGCCUCUAGACCCUCUGAACCGAAACGACCCGGAAGAAUGCUGCAACCGGCCGCCGCACCUGAAGAAUCCCUACUGCAACGAGAUCCACAUACCGGAGGACGACUAUUUCUACAGAUUGUUCAACGUGCAAUGCAUGGACUUCGUUCGCGCUUUUCCCGCCGUCCGACCUGGUUGCCGCCUCGGUUCCCGAGUACCUUUCAAUCUCCUUACGGGUUUGCUGGAUGGCAACACGGUUUAUGGCGUUACGGAAGCUUUUGCUAGAAAACUCCGAACGGGCUAUGGCGGAUUACUGCGAAUGAAUCCAGUCUUUGCAGAAUAUGGUCUCAAGGAUCUAUUGCCGUUAAAAUUGGAUAUACCGGACGAAGGCUGUACUCGGCCAAAUCGAUCAAUGUACUGCUUUGAAGCUGGUGAAAUUCGUGUAAACGAACAGCUGGUACUUACCUGCAUGCACACUUUACUGGCGCGAGAGCAUAACCGGCUCGCCAAAGCGUUGGCUAUCGUGAAUCCGCACUGGGACGACGAGAUUCUCUUCCAGGAAGCUAGGCGCAUCGUCAUCGCGGAAAUCCAACACAUCACUUAUAACGAGUUCCUCCCGAUAUUACUCGGCAAAAAUGUCAUGGAGAAAUUCGGACUUCUUCUCGAGAAGGAAAAAUACUGGGAUGGAUAUGAUCCGAACAUAAAUCCAGGCGUAAUAGACGCUUUUGCCGCUGCUGCCUUUAGAUUUGGUCACUCGCUAUUGCCGACGGCUGUAGAACGAUGGAGUAAAGCUCACAAAUUUAUUGCUUCAAAGAGACUCUCAGAUUUGAUAAGACGCCCUUACGAUUUGUAUCGGGCUGGUGUAUUCGACGAAUAUUUCAUGGGCUUGAUGAACCAAGUUGCUCAAGCUAUGGAUGAUUCCAUAACACAAGAAGUAACGAAUCAUCUCUUUAAAAAAGUGGGAGCAAAAUUCGGAUUGGAUUUGGUAUCCUUUAACAUGCAACGUGGCCGCGAGUUUGGUAUUCCAAGUUAUAUGGACUUUAGAAAGUACUGCGGCCUUCCCGAGGCAAAUACCUUCGAAGAAUUGUUCGGUUCCAUGCCGAACGAAACCGUCAGACGAUACAGCACUAUUUUCGAACAUCCCGCGGACGUCGAUUUAUGGUCGGGCGGCGUAUCCGAAAGACCGCUUCCGGGUAGCAUGCUCGGACCAACCUUCGCCUGCCUAAUUGCCACGCAGUUCAGUCAUUCGCGUCGCGGCGACAGAUUCUGGUACGAGCUGCCGAACCAGCCGUCGUCCUUCACUCUCGAGCAACUGAACGAAAUUCGAAAGGCGAAACUCGCCAGAUUGAUCUGCGACAAUACUGAUCUUAUCGACACGAUACAAAUCUAUCCAAUGGUUCUUCCCGAUCACGAAAUAAAUCCUCGAGUCCCAUGUCGCAGUGGUAUCCUACCUAGCAUCGACUUGUCAAAAUGGGCCGAAUACCCGACGACCAGUCACGCCGCGCAAUACGAUACCAUAAUGAAAUCUGCGCAAGCACAUGCAUCUGAGAUUAAGCCCACGUUACAGCAAGUAUUUAACAAAUUGAAUGGUAAAUUAAAUUCUAUGGAAAAAAUAAACAGUCCAAAAGAGAAACCGAGCAAAUCGUGGAUAUAUCCAUAUUCUGCUAAAUGGAAAAAACUCGUGGAACGCUUAAAAAUGCCUCAGAAUAUACUUGAGCGACAAGAAAAAUUUCUAAAUAAACCAAUUACGUUACCGACAUUCUCUCUUAAAAAUGAUAAAAAUAAGAAGGAUUUAUCUUCUGAUAUAGAAAUCAUCAAAAUUACAACAGUUGUCGAAGCCAUUCGACAGAAGCGGCAGAAAAAUGCGCAAAUGUUGAAAGCAGCAAAAAAUAUUCAAAAAAUAAUCAACAAAAACCGUUCCAAACGUUCGUCUUACGAAUCGGGAAAUUAUUCGACUGUAAAUAAAGAUUUGUUACAUGCUCGACAGAAAAAUAUUGUUUCAAAUAAAAAAUCUCGUUAUCCAAAGCCUGAUUAUCGAAGACAACAAACAAGAACCCUUCCAACGAAAAAACGGUUGCAAAAGAAAAAUCCGACUGAUCUUAAAACAGCGAGCAGCAUAGCGAUACCGAGUACAGUAUUUUAUAAACGUAUUUGGGAAUACAUUAACGGUACCCGUCCUCAUUCUGAUAUCAUCAGUGAUUACAAUUCCUUAGAAAAUAAUUCUGAAAAGGAUAAUUCAACCUGCGCUGACAAAGAACAAAUUACAACCUCGCAGUCGCAGGAGGAUAAGUCACAAAUGAAAAAUUCCAAUGUUAAACCGGAACGAGACUUUUAUAAGCGCAUCUGGGACAUAAUUAACGCGAUUCAGUCGAACGAAAAGGCAAAACGUCGUACUAAACGAAACGCAAACAUUCCAAAAACUGACAAAGUAUUAAAUUCAUCAUGCGUCCAGGAAAAAACAGUCGGUGAAGAAGAUAAGCAGGUGCAAGCAACGAACAGAGAAACACCAGUCGGUAUCACGGAUACGAGAAACUCGACUGAUUCUGGUCCUUAUAUAUCUGGCUUUUGGACAAUUGCGAAUAAAACCCAGUGGCAACCUGAAAGAAUUCCAGUUAUAAACAUAGGAAAAUUGAAUAACGGACCGAUGUUGUCGUCGCUCGUGAACAGCGCUUCCGAGGUGGACGACUUGAAUAAAUUCCCCGAUAAAGUUGAUUAUUCGGCUUCAGAUAAUUCGACGACGGAAUAUACUAACGAAGCGCGUAAUUCAUCACAGGAAAUCAUCACCGAGCCAGGACCACCGUAUUCUUCCGAAGAAAGUUUCGCCACCUCGUCGUUUCCAACGACCGAAAGUACCGUCGGCGAAGCCUCGCGAGAAAAAAGUCAAACAGAACGCGAAGAAAAUUAUUCGAUCGGCACAACUCCAGAUUACGAUCCCUCAAACAUACCCUACGUAGAAGUGCCAGAUUAUUCCGAUCAACAAGAGGACAGUUUAGACAAAAGCAACCAGAGCACAACUACAGCGAAGCAACGAUACAAAGAAUACGACGAUUACGAUUACAAUCCUAAACCGCUCCACGACACUGACGAUUUGUCACCAAAGUCUCCAAGUGCUGAGAUUAAAGUAGUACAAACUGAAAGCGACGAGCCGGAUGACACCUCAUUGAAGGCAAACAAUUCGCGUUCAAGUUGCACAGAGAGUAAAGAUUCUGCCGAAUGCGUUGACAACUACGAUGUCGAAGACACCAAGUUACGCAAUAAUACCGAGGAUAUUACGGACGACGUUCAUCGUUCCGCAGAAGAUUCCGCAGAAAAAUCCGCAUUGCCUGAGGAGAAUAAAAAUUCGGAUUACGUUGAUUUCGAUAUAAACGAUUAUAAAAAACCAUUUAAUUGGAACGAGUUCUUCAAAAACGAUCCUAUAUUGGAAAGCAUACGAACUGGCGUCAACAAAUACGAUUAUAAGAAAAAUCCCGAUCACGCCAAGGAGUCCGAAGAGGCCGAGACAUAUGCCACGGAUCCAAAAGAACAAUCACACGAUUAUUUUUCAAAGAAUGAAGAUUCUCGCGAUGAUCAUAGUAUUGCUUCCGACAAUGGAGAUGAUGGAAAAGAAGAGACUGACUCUUACGUGAAGAAGGAAGCGAAGGAUAGCGAGACAAUUGAUAAAGAUCAUUAUCCUUACGGCGAUAAAGAUUUCUUUAAGCAUGUUUACGGAAAGAGCAACGGUAAAAAAUCGAAAUACGAUUAUGAAGAAAAUCCUGAUCACACCGAGGGGUCUGAAGAAGUCGAUACGUAUGCCACGGAUCCAAAAGAAAAAUCACAAGAUUAUUUCGUGAAGGACAAAAAUUAUCACAAUAAUCACAGAAUUGCUUCCGACGACAGAGACGAAACAAACGAUAGAGAAGAGGAGACUGAUUCUUACGCGAAGCAAAAAGUAAAGGAGAGCGAAGCAAUUAGUGAAGAUUUCUAUCCGUACGGCGACAAAGAUGACAAAACGAACGACAAAGAAGAGCAGAUUGAUUCUUACGCGAAACAGGAAGCGAAAGAGAGCGAAGUAACCGAUGAAGAUCCUCAUCCUUACGAGGACGAGAAUUUCUUUAAGCAUAUUUUCGGAAACAAUAACGAUAAAGAAUCAUUUGAUAUAGCUGAGACGGAAAACGAAUUCCUGUCUCGUUACUUUACAGAUGACGUUUUACGUCAGUUAAGAGAUAACUCGACAGCCGAAGAAGACAAGCAAAGAGAGGAAUCGAGAAACAAAGAAGAUAUUCGCAAAACAUUAUCGAGUAUCUUAGACAAAAAGGAUCAUUUUUCUAGAUUAGAUGAUAAUCUCAAUAAAAUGAUUGAAAAAGGUGAAGCAGUUCCAAUCAAAUAUAAUAACUUUUGGAGCUUGGAAUACGAAUCGCCUCGAACAGGUAAAAGACAUGAGGACAAUGAAGAAGAAACAGAUGACUCAAAAGAAGCUUAAAACAUAAAUUAUAUAAAAUUAUGUUAUGCGUUAUGUUCUUGUUAUUACAUGUUUAGAGUAGAUAGAAUAAUCAAUUAAUUAUAUUAGUGUUAUAAUUAUUAAAUUAAUUGUUACAUGAAAGUAUGUAUAAGAGUAUAUAUUAUACAAUAUAUUUUAUUGUUACAAUAUAAGUUAUUGUGAUGUAUAAUCAUUACUAAAAAAACUAUUUAGAAAUUAAAUAUAGGUAAUAUAUGCUGCAAUAAUACUUCCAAUUUGUAUCUGUAUUUUACUUUAUAUGUUA